AAUACAUAUAACAAACAAAAACAACUAACUUCUAAACUACACAAUAUAUUCAAAAUGGAUUCCAAAACACUAAAAAUUCCAACAACACUUUCCCUUUCCCUUUUAUUUUUCUUAUUCUUAUUUUCAUCAUCAACAAAAGCACAAACAUCAUCACCAUCAAAUAUUUUGGUUGACAAAAUUUGCAAAAAAACCCUAGACAACACAAAAUGCUUGGCAGCUCUUGAAUCCGAUCCAAGAUCAAAAACCGCAACAAGUCUCAAAGCUCUUGCCAAGAUAUCGGUUCAAUUAUCAAUAUCAAACGCGAAAGGAAGCCUCAAUUUCAUCAACGACGAGAUCAAGAAGGGAAGUGGUAGCGGUCAACAAGAAGUACUUGAGCAAUGUGCUUCUUCCUAUAAAGCCAUGGUGCUAUCAUUCUCGAGUGCACUCGAGGAACUCGAUGAAGAUGUUAUGACGGCUAAUUAUGACAUAAAGGUGGCUGGCGACGACGCUGAUUUGUGUCAGGCUGAGAUGGCUUCGAAAAAGGUCGAAAUUCCUUCUUUGGCUGAUAGGAAUGAUCAAGUGAAAUUGUAUAGUAAUAUUGGAUUUGUUAUCACUGAUAAACUUUGAUGUUAAUGAAUAUGAUCAUUUUGUGUAACAAGUUUCUAUCAUUUUUUUUUUUCAAAUUAUUAUUGUCUCUAAGAAAAAUAGAAAAUAAUAAGGCUAGAUUUUUGGAUUUUGUGGAUUUGGAUUUUGACAACUUGAAAUAUAUGAUCAAUUCUUUCCUUUAUAUUUUGGAUGCAUGAUUCUUACUUUUUCUUUCCCUAAAUGAUAGAUAUUGAUUGGCUUUUUUUUUCAUUGAAAGAAAAUUUAAAUGGAAAAUCUUUUGAAGUAAUUCCCUCUAAUAAUUGUAAAUAUUUUUUUUUUUCUUUAGAUGGAAAAAUGGGAUACAUAUAAUUAUUAUUAUUUCUAAAAACCGUCAGAACGCAAUCGUAAAUUAAUGUUUUAUAUUUUUUUUAUUUUUUUUUUCCUGUUGAGAAUGAUCGAUGUUUUUGUCUUUUUGAGUUCAUAGACGAAUAACUAAAUGGAAUUUAAAUUGGAAACUGCCAAAUUUUCUGAACAACUUGGUACAAGUUAAAAUUUAUUGUGUAGGUGCCUACCUAACUUAAUGGGUUGACUUAAGAAAUGAUAAACUUGGGUAUGCAAUUAUGCUACCCAAUAAGUUAAAAAAAGGAGAAUUUUCAAAAAUAUUAUCUUUUUUAUGUUUUAUUUACAAUUUUAUCACCUUAAAUUUUUAUCAACAAAAAAACUUUUUUAAAGGGGUUAUUUAAAAAAAUAUAUAUAU